AUGUCUGCUCACGCUGCCAUCAAGGCUGGCAACCUGGCCGUCAUCAGCGGAGGAGCCAGCGGCAUCGGCCUUGCGGCUGCCAAGUACUACCUCUCGCAGGGUAUGAAGGUAGCGAUCGGCGACCGCAGCGAGGCGAGCGUGCAGUCGGCAAGCCAGGAGCUGGCGCAAAAGGGCGAGUCAUACGUCGGGUUGCUGGAUGUGUCGGACCAGACGAGCGUUUCGCUCUUCCGCCGAAGCGUCUUCGAAAAGUUUGGUGGCGCCAACUUGACGGUGCUGAUGGCCAAUGCAGGCGUCGGUGGUCCUACCAAGGCUUCAACGUCGGAGGGAUGGGAUCGAAUCCUCAGCACCAACUUCCACGGCGUCGUCAAUGUCUGCCAGGCAUUCCUUCCUGAUCUGAAGAAGCACGGACAGGAAGCGCUCAUCAUCAACACUGGAUCCAAGCAGGGCAUCACGACGCCGCCGGGCACGGGUCCGGCGUACAACAUCUCGAAGGCGGCGGUCAAGGUGUUCACCGAGUCGCUUGCUCACGAGUUGCGCGAAGACAAGGCGAGCAAGGUCGAUGUCAAGCUGCUCAUUCCUGGCUGGGUACACACGGGACUGACGGGCGCCAAAGACGGAAAGCCCAAGCCAGAUGGCGCCUGGACGCCCGAGCAGACGGUCGAGUUCAUGGGGCAGCGCAUCCAGGCCGGCUCGUUCUACAUCCUCUGUCCCGACAACGAGACGCCGCGCGAGACGGACCUGGCGCGUAUGGAGUGGAACGUCAACGAUGUGAUCCAGGACCGCCCGGCUCUGUCGCGCUGGCACGCCGACUACACGGAGCAGUUCAGCGACUUUGUCAAGAGCAAGACGUCGUAA